GCUAUAUGUAAAGCUUACGAAUAUUAUAAAUACAUAUUUGAGAAAGAAGAAAAAGAAGGUCUCAAAUUAUGUAAAGAAGACCAAGAAGUAAUGACAUAUAAAGACCUUAAUAAAAAUAUAGCAUGGCUUCAAGCAAUUAUACACAAAUUUCAGAAACCUCCUCAACCUUAUCAUAUAUGGAUAAAACAAG